AGAUAUGCUCGGCUCACCUUGUUUCGACACAACUGGCCCGACUGUCAAAGUAUAGAAGAGCAUGGACGUGGUACCUGGUGCCAUUACCCGCCUGCAGGCCCGCUACAACACCCGGUGAUCAGCCAUUUGAUCAAGAUAUAGACAAGCUUCAAUCCAUCCUUCUUCAGAUCGUCUCUUUGAGAACACUUUCUCUCCCCCUCCCCUUCGACAACUAUUUGUUGACUCUUUCCAUUUACCGCCGUAACCUACCUAGACAUAGCGUUGAAACGUCGGCUGCUUGAAUCCCAGCGCAACUAAAAUUCAUUUGCCGUCAAGACGUUUCUCCCGCCGACUGAUUCUUACCACUAACGUUGGACCAUGACGUCUCCGGAGCAGCGUAUGGACACUUUACGACAGGGUCUCUGCCGCGUGAUUCUAGAUCAGCUCGCGGAAAUCCUGCGGGAUUAUUCGUCCGGGAACCUAGCAAACCGGGUGCUUCGCUUCGAAGCUCUCAUCCAUGACGGCGAGCAGGGGAUGCAAUGGCCAACACCCUGCUCUCCCAUGAUCUCGAAAGUCUUAGACUUAUCAAUCAUCCUUUCACAGAGCGAAAAUAACAGACUGAAUGCGAGCAAUUCAGGAAAGGAAAACACCAUCGAUCAGCCAACACUGUCCACCUUUGGCCCGCAUUUUUUCCGAGCGCAAAGGACGCCAUCCCAAGGGCUGCCGCAAUCAUCACCCGAGAUUAGAGCUAAUUGUUGGAACAGCAAAGGCUGAUAAGGAGUAAUAGGCAGGUACCAUGGGCUGGCUGGCAC